CGGAGACCGGUGGGUGCUUUGGGCUGUCGGCUCUGGCCUUUGUUGUUGCUCGGCCUGGUACCCGGUGCGCGCCGGGGAGCCUUGACAUGACGUCCAGUGGGGAGUUCGUGCCAGGGUGCCAGGGUGCCAGGGUCCCCCAAUGUGCCAUUCUGAAAGAACGGCCGAGGUAAAGAGGCGGAUAAUGAGUAGACGGGAGCAGGGUCAGUUGCCUAACUAGGAGGUAUAUAAGAAGGGCAGAGGCUUGCUCCUGUCCCGAUCAACGGCCAGACCUUCUCUUCAUCCAGCAGCACAGCCUUCAGUCUAGAGUCAACCUAGACAACCUGCUUGAGAUGGCUCCCACGUUCUUCUCCUCGAUCCUGCCCACCGUCGUCGCCGUCCUGGCGGUCGCCAGUGCGGUCCAGGCACAGAAAGACGAAGAGAGGUUCAAAUGGGUCCAGCCCGCCGACACGGUCAUCCUGGGCCCCUAUGGCCACUCGCCCCCGGUCUACCCCUCACCGAACGCAACCGGCCUCGGUGGCUGGGAGGCUUCAAUAGCCAAGGCCAAGGACUUCGUCAGCAAGCUCACGGUUGAGGAGAAGGCCUGGUUCACGACGGGCACACCUGGACCCUGUGUCGGCAACAUCGUCGGCAUCCCCAGGCUGGGAUUCCCCGGCCUGUGUCUCCAGGAUGGCCCUCUGGCCAUCCGGUUCGCCGACUAUGCUAGCGUCUUCUCCGCUGGUGUCAGCAUCGCGGCCACCUGGGACAAGAAGAUGAUGUACGACCGUGGAAAGGCCCUCGGUGGCGAGUUCCGGGCCAAGGGAUCUCAGAUUGCCCUUGCGCCCGUCGCCGGCCCUCUCGGAAGGUCAGCCUACGCCGGCCGCAACUGGGAAGGCUUCUCGCCGGACCCGUACCUCACGGGCGUGGCCAUGGGGGAGACGGUCACGGGCAUCCAGGACGCCGGUGUGCAGGCCACGGCCAAGCACUGGAUCGGCAACGAGCAGGAGAUCAUGCGGAACCCCGUCUUCCUGCCCAACAGCAGCUCGGCCGUCAAGUUCGAGGCGCUCUCGAGCAACAUCGACGACCGUACCAUGCACGAGCUCUACAUGUGGCCCUUUGCCAACUCGGUCAAGGCCGGCGUGGCCUCCAUGAUGUGCGCCUACCAGCGGCUCAACGGCUCGUACACGUGCGAGAACUCCAAGGCGCUCAACGGCUUGCUCAAGGAGGAGCUCGGGUUCCAGGGCUACGUCAUGAGCGACUGGGGCGGUACCCACAGCGGCGUGGCCUCGAUCGAGUCGGGCCUGGACAUGAACAUGCCCGGAGGCCUGGGGCAGUACGGCUUCACCUUUGGCAUCGGGUCGUACUUUGGCGGCAACAUCACGGCCGCCGUCACCAACAGCACCCUCGACGUGUCCAGACUGGACGACAUGGUGGUCCGCAUCAUGACGCCCUACUACCACCUCGGCCAGGACCGUGGUUUCCCCGGCGUCGACCCGGCGUCGUCGGACCUCAACACCAACUUCAAGCGCAAGGACUGGCCCAACGACUUCGCCGGCCUCAUCACGGGCCAGCGCAGCGUCGACGCCCGCGCCAAGGGCACCGCCCAGAUGAUCCGCGAGCACGGCGCCGCCGCGGCCGUCCUGCUCAAGAACACCAACGGCGCCCUGCCCCUCAAGGCCCCGCGGUCCGUCGCCGUGUUCGGAAACGACGCGGGCGAGGACACCGAGGGCUUCUACAACCAAAAGAACUUUGAGUUCGGCACCCUCACGGCCGGCGGCGGCUCCGGCACGGGCCGCAUGUCGUCGCUCGUCACGCCGCUGAGCGCCAUCAAGGAGCGGGCGGCCAAGGACGGCGCGCUGGUGCAGCAGUGGCUCAACAACACGCUGAUCCGCAACACGGACGUGCGCAACCUCUGGGUGCCUACGCAGCCCGACGUCUGCCUCGUCUUCCUCAAGACGUGGGCCGAGGAGGCCGACGACCGCCACUCGCUCAACGUCGACUGGCACGGCAACGAGGUGGUCGAGUCGGUGGCGGCGCAGUGCGCCAACACGGUCGUCGUCACCCACUCGUCGGGCAUCAACCACCUGCCCUGGGCCGACCACCCCAACGUCACCGCCAUCCUGGCCGCCCACUACCCGGGCGAGCAGUCGGGCCACUCGCUCGUCGACCUGCUCUACGGCGACGUCAGCCCCUCGGGCCGCCUGCCCUACACCAUCGCCCUCAAGCCGUCCGACUACAACGCCCCGCCCACCACCGACAUCACCACCACCGGCGUCCACGACUGGCAGUCGUACUUUGACGAGAAGCUCGAGAUCGACUACCGCUACUUUGACGCCCACAACCUCUCGGUCCGCUACGAGUUCGGCUUUGGCCUGUCGUACACCACCUUUUCCCUCGCCGACAUCUCCGUCGCCCCCUGCAGUAGUAGCGGCAGCGGCAGCACCAACAUCCCCGCCCGCGCCCCCGCCGACGGCCCCGCCCCGCCGGGCGGCCACAAGUCCCUCUGGGAGACGCUCUACACGGUCAAGGCGUCGGUCAGCAACGUCGGCGGCCGCCAGGGCCACGCCGUGCCCCAGCUCUACGUCUCGCUCCCGGGCGCCCCCGCCGGCACGCCCCCGCGCCAGCUGCGCGGCUUCGAGCGCGUCGGCCUGGCCGCCGGCGAGGCCAAGACGGUCGAGUUUGCGCUGCAGAGGCGCGACAUCUCGUACUGGGACGUCGUGCUGCAGGAGUGGGUCAUCCCCAAGGGCGAGGUCGGCGUCAGCGUCGGCUUCAGCAGCAGGGACAUCAAGCUCACCACCAGCUUCACCCCCAUUGCCGCAUAAGGCGUGUGUGUUUGCCAGUUUUUUUUUUCUUGUUCUGUGUUUUUUUUUUUGUCAAGAGAAAUGACGCACAUGACAAGUGUAUGACUUUUUGGUGCAAAGCGUAACCAGGGCGGGACGGCGCAGUGGGGGGAUUUGAUGCUUUUAAAUGUCUGGGCGCACGCAGCUCAUGUGGCAAUUGCCUUAUUUCAGGUUGCCUACAAAGCAACACCAAAGACAAAAUAAAAAAGCAAAAAGUAAUAUCUGUUC